AUGGAGCUCCCUAUGGCGAGGGCGGCGCUGGAUUUUUCGCGGAGGCGUCGAAGAUGGCUCCUCCUCCUCGCCGCCGCUGGGGCUGCUGGGUACGGCGCCUACAGGGUCUACCACCUCCCUGCGGUGGCUGAGAAGAGGCGGAGGCUGGCGAAGCUUCUCAGGGCCAUGGUUUCCUUGGCGGAGGCCUUCUCCGCGUCGGCGGAGACGUUCGGGCUGGUCUCGGAGGACGUGAACCUGUUCCUCCGCAGCGACUCGGACAAGAUCCCCCCCAGCCUGACGCAGCUCUCCAAGAUCGCCGUCUCCGAUGAGUUCGCCGGCUCCGUGUCGAGGAUCUCCGAGGCGGUGACCUUCGGUGUGCUGCGGGGGGUCGUCGCCUCCGAGUCCGGCUCGGGAAGCAAACCCGGAUCGCAGACCGAAUCGAGCGUUGCUGAGAGGCUUCUGGACAAGCUCUUCUCCACCGCCGGCUCCGGUUUCGCCUCGGUGGUGGUCGGGAGCUUCGCCAGAAACCUGGUGAUGGCCCUCUACUCCGCGCAGGCUGAGAUGUCGACCGGAGCGGCUUCCGACGGCGGCGGCGGCGCCGCAGAUGCCUCCUCUGUGCCUCAGUGGGUUAGUCUGAUCUGCGACGACAAGUUCCGGCUGCUGAUUGGAGACUGCAUCCAGGCCUUCGUAGGUACGGCCGUCGCGGUGUACCUGGACAAGACUAUGGACCUCAACACGUUUGACGAUAUGUUCUCUGGUCUCACCAAUCCGAAGCACGAUGCCAAGAUGAAAGAGGUGCUGGUCUCGGUCUGUAAUGGCGCCGUGGAGACCCUCGUCAAGACCUCCCACCAUGUGCUCACCAGCGCGAGCCCGGGUUCGAGUUCAUCGACGGACAGAGACGAAGAAGCCGAUGCAGAAGAGGCUCUGUCGACGAAGCGCAACAGUACGAGAUUGCUCGACGCCGGCGUUAAGGAGACCAUUGGUGCCGGAUGGAUAGACGUGGUGUCGUCGACGCUGGCCGUCCCGAGCAAUCGGAGCUUCGUUCUCGAUUUGACAGGGAGGGUGACAUCUGAAACGGUGAAAUCUUUCCUCGACAUGUUACCCCGCAGUCUGUCCUACAGUGCACAGAGGGGUGUGAAGGUCGUCCGGGGGGAGAUUGCUGAGAGAGGCGCGGAAGUGAUGAGGUACGUCACCACCAAGUCCAUGCUCUCCGUCACAGUGUGCCUCGCCCUGUGCUUGCACUUGUUCUCCGAAACGAGGGUCCUGGUUCCUGCAUAG